GUAACUAUGGAAUCCGGAUGUCAAGUACAAGCAAUCUACGACUUUAAAGGCACUGAACCUAGUGAAUUGACAUUAAAUACUGGUGAUAUCAUAGAGGUGGUCAGCAAACUAAAUGAUAACUGGUUGCAAGGUACACACAAUGGUGUAACUGGAGCAUUUCCAUCUAACUUUGUGACACUGCUGUCAAAUAAUACACCAAAACAAGUUACUGCUAUUGAAGAAUUUAUUGCAACAAGCAAUGGAGAUCUGGGAUUCCAAAAAGGUGACAUUAUCACUGUACUUGAUAAAGUGGAUGAUAACUGGUGGAGGGGACAAAUAGGCAAUACUACUGGGAUAUUUCCAGUCACUUAUGUUCAAGAACAUACCAGUAAUAAUUCUCAAGGGGAUGCAGCAUUACAGACAGUCAAGGCAUUACAGGAUGUAACAGGACAACUACAAGAAGGAACUAACUUUUAAAAAAGAUGAUGUGAUCACAAUAACUGAAACCAUUGACUCUGAUUGGUAUCGUGGGACAUUGAAUGGUGUAAGUGGUCUUGUGCCUUCAUUUUGUGUGCAAUUAAUAAAGGACUGUACGGAUAGUGAUACUGCUGUGGAUUACAUUAGAG